CAGUCCGUCUCCGUUUCCUGGUUGCACUGGCAAGCUAACUGGUACCUGAUGAUCGUCUAAAAUGUGCGAUUAGCGAAACUAUUUAUCUAAAACGAUUGUUAUCGUUAGCUGGCAAUUUGUGUGUACUGUAGACGUGCAAACAAAAGACGCGUUAUCCGUCAACUCUUGAGCUGACGCUUCACAGUCGUUAGCUGCCAAGCUAGCUAACGCUUACUGUUGGUAACGUUAGCGGAUAUACAGACUGUCAGAUAAAGAUGGGCUCCAUCCUAAGUCGCAGAAUUGCUGGUGUUGAGGACAUUGACAUCCAGGCUAAUUCGGCCUACCGAUUUCCGCCUAAAUCUGGAAAUUAUUUUGCUAGCCACUUUUUCAUGGGAGGAGAGAAAUUUGACACACCACAUCCAGAGGGAUACCUUUUUGGGGAAAACAUGGACCUCAAUUUUCUUGGGAAUAGGCCUGUGCAGUUCCCAUAUGUGACCCCUGCUCCCCAUGAGCCUGUUAAAACCCUGAGGAGUCUGGUCAACAUCAGGAAGGACUCUCUGCGUCUGGUCAGGUACAAAGAUGACUCUGACACUCCCACGGAGGAGGGAGGAAAACCCAAGGUUCUGUACGGUGUGGAGUUUACUUUUGAUGCUGAUGCCCGGGUGGCCAUCACCCUGUAUUGCCAAGCUUUUGAGGAAUUCUCCAAUGGGAUGGCAGUGUACAACCCAAAGAGUCCAUCGUUGGUUUCCGAAACUGUACACUACAAGCGAGGUGUGAGCCAGCAGUUCUCCAUGCCAUCUUUCAAAAUCAAUUUCAGCGAAUGGAAAGAGGAAGAUCUGAAUUUUGACCUAGACCGAGGUGUUUUUCCUAUGGUUAUCCAAGCUGUGGUGGAUGAAGGGGAUGAUUGCCUGGGGCACGCUCAUGUACUUCUGGCAGCCUUUGAGAGACAUGUUGAUGGCAGUUUCUCCGUCAAGCCACUGAAGCAGAAGCAAAUUGUGGACCGCGUGAGCUAUUUGCUCCAGGAGAUCUAUGGGAUUGAGAAUAAAAACAACCAAGAAACCAAGCCAUCUGAUGACGAGAACAGCGACAACAGCAACGAGUGUGUUGUCUGUCUUUCCGACCUGCGAGACACGCUCAUUCUCCCCUGCAGACACCUGUGUCUCUGCAACUCCUGCGCAGACACUUUACGCUACCAGGCCAACAACUGUCCUAUAUGUAGACUGCCCUUCCGGGCCCUGCUGCAGAUCAGAGCUGUGAGGAAGAAGCCUGGAGCACUCUCUCCUGUGUCCUUCAGCCCCGUUCUGGCUCAGACUAUGGAUCAUGACGAGCAUUCGAGCUCAGACUCCGUUCCUCCUGGCUUUGAACCCAUCUCGCUGUUGGAGGCACUGAACGGCCUGCGGUCUGUGUCUCCCGCCAUCCCUUCUGCCCCGCUCUAUGAUGAAAUCAAUUACUCAGGGGGUCUGGGAGGAGAGAACAGACAGCUGGGCUCCCCAGAGCAUUUAAGUGAUGGCAGCUUGCAGAAAGGCAAAGUCAGCAAGUCUCCUGACAGCACCCUGAGGUCUCCAUCCUCUCCCAUCCAGGAGGAAGAUGAGGAGAAGCUGUCUGAGAUGUCCGACAGCCAGCCGCACACCCUGCUGUCCAGUAGUCCUGCCCCCACUGAGGCCACUGCUACUGAGGAUGUAGUGGAGUCCCUGUCUCCAGAUGAUGAGGACAGACUCCAUUCAGGAGGGGAGAUCCUACAGGAUUGCAGCAGUGAGCACAGCAGCCUGACUAAAACAGAGAGCGACCCCCCCGGUGACCUUUCUCUGCCUGGAUCUUCUGAAUCAACGGAAAGUCUCAAGAGUCAGAGCACCAACUGUUCCAGCCAGCCUCUCCUGUGUCCCACGAGCAGCCUUCACAUGGAAGAUGAGCACCUCAGCCCUUGACUUUGCCCAGACCAUCCAUAAAGCACAGGUUUAUGCUCUGCCGCCAUCCAGCUCCUCUGUGUGCGUUUCCCUUUAAAGCCCAGACUUCAACUUUGUCAACAGUGCCCUUGACGGCAUUGAGAAGAACUCGGGAAGACAAGGGAAGACUUUGUUGAUUUUCAUUUUUGUUUAUUUGUUCAUUUUUGUUUCUAUUGACACCUCUUUCACGUGAAAGGAAUUCUGACUUGCUAAAAUGCCUUUUUUUGGCUUUCUCCAAGCCUGAUGUGUAAAAAUGAGUGAUAUUCUUGCUUUAGCACACAUUUCAUUGACGUUCAAAUCUUGUUAAAUUGUGCAUCGUGGCUGGAGUGGUAGUCUUGUAACGUGGAAAUUGGAUUUAUUUCGCCGCCUAACUUGGUGGUGCUUAAGCACACUUACUAAAAUUGAACUCUAUACCCAUUACUUGACACUAAAUUGAAAAGACUUUUUAAAUAUUGUUGUGUUUGAAUAGUGUAUUAACCAGUACAAUUGAAUAAUAACUAGGUGAUUUUUUAAAAAUCUGCCUGAUAUGAACUGAGCGGGAGAACAGAAACUUACUAAUUGUGUAUUUGUGUGUCCGUUUGAGGUGAUUUCAUUCUCAUGCAAGAUCUUUUUUAAUCCAUUCCUUGUAGUAAGAGUAUAUGAUGAGAUUAGUCAAACUUAUCUACAGUCAUAAACAUCUACUUGUCAAUUUUGAACUAUGUGAUAUUUAUCUCAAAAUUAUAACUGUACUACAAUCCUGUGUAGUUACUUACAAAGUUGUAUACUUGCAUAUUAUAUAGAAAGAAUCCUGAUAUUCAAGUAGAUUUAACUACAUGCACAUUGUCUGAGACUCGGGCAGUUACGAGCUACUGUUUCACGUCCCAAUAGCUAAACUCAGAUAGCUAAAGCCGGCAACAAGCAUAUAUAUGGUACAGCUACACAUGUGCUGACUGUAAAUUACACAGUAAGAAUGUUUGUCAUAGAUGUGGCAGAUCUCUGUACAGAUUUUUUUUUUCUUUUCUUGUGGGGCAAUGCCAGCAAUCUGCUUACGUGUUGUAGCUGCAGCAUCGGGUCAAGCCUUUGUCUCGGCAGUCAAUGCCUUACUUACCUUGGUCCUGUAAGUUUAGCACCAUGCAUAUAGAUCUAUGUGCCUUGUAGUGCUAUGGCUGCUUGUUGCGUCGGGUGUUAGUGUUUUGAGUAAAUGCUAGGCUACACAGCAUUAUUUUGAGUCUGUAGACAGGGAUUGGAUUCUGGUGCACACAGAGACUUUUUUUUUUCUAAUGCAAAGUUGAUGCUGCCAUGAGAUAUACCUUGUUAUUGUUAUAAACUGAUGUUAAAUUCAACUGUUCAUUUAAUUUUUUUUAUGUUCACUUAUCAAUUAUGCAUUUUAUCCGAGAAUCUCAGAAUCCAAAGUGAAAUCUGUUGAUGUAUGUUUGAUUGGAAAGAACACAUAUCCGAUGCAAUAUACACAAGCGUUGCAUUUUAACCAUUGGGUUAGCUCUUGCAUGUGAAUUUGUAGAGAGGCUAAAACCUCUCGCUGCUUUUAUAAGUAAAGUAUGGUUAUACUUUGUCUUUUCCCUUCCUCUUAAUGUGCCAUUUCGACUCAAUACUGUGCCUUCCUGUUCCUGCUCCUGACCACUGCUGACCUGGUAUCCAGGGUUAUGCAUCAGCAGGGGUUUGUUGCUCUGUGAAGAAAAUCAAUACCCAUGUUUCCUUGUGUGUAUAGCAGCAUGUGUAUAACAAAAUAGAAUAAAGAUUCAGUACUUUGUUUGA